UCUGCAAUUCCCUCCACAGCUUCAAAGAGGUGGUAAAUGCUUCCCCCUGUGCCAGAUGACCGACCUUCGCACCUUUUGCACCUUCUGUGUCAGAGGGACAUCCACGGGAGCGCGCACCGCGACCAAAAAGUGACUUUAGCUGAUGGUGCGACUGGACUGUGUCCUCUGAGUUUCAUUUCUUCUCUGAUAAGUUGGCGUGCAUCCUGCAAAGUAGCCCAGUCGGUGUCUUCCGUCUUUGAUCUGCUGGCCAAGGAUGGUACUGGAUCAUAAGAGCGCAUUUCGCGCCUCCGUUUUGCUGGCGUGUGUGAUAAUCUGCAGUAACGUGCUAUGUCCCGUCGGUGCCUAUCUCUACAACAACCGCUACGCAGGUGAUCAAGUCUUCAGGAUAACCCCGAGUAAUGACGAGGAGGUCCAAGUGCUCAAGAACAUUCUGGGACACAUGAAGGUGGACUAUUGGCAGCCCAACAGUGCCACUCUAAUCUGUCAAAAUGUCACAGUGGACGUCCAUGUGAAACACAAUGACACACGAGGCUUACGUGCACGCUUAAAGCGGGAACAUAUUGAUUAUCGGGUGUUUAUCUCCAAUCUGCAGAAGGAAAUUGAAAAGCAGACGGGAUAUCGCUCCUCUCGCAAGCGGAGGUCAGAGUCUCAGUAUGACUACGAGGUUUACCACUCACUGGAAGAGAUCCAAAGCUGGAUGUUUGAGAUGAACAGAACCCAUUCUGACUUGGUUGACAUGUUCUCCAUUGGGAAGUCGUACGAGGGAAGACCGCUUUAUGUGCUUCAGAUAGGAAAGAGAAGUCGUCAUCAGAAGAAAGCUGUUUGGAUCGACUGUGGCGUCCAUGCCAGGGAGUGGAUAGGACCUGCCUUCUGCCAGUGGUUUGUCAAAGAGGCCAUCAACUCAUACCAGCAUGACUCGGUGAUGAGACGACUGCUGAACCAGCUCAACUUCUACAUCAUGCCUGUCUUCAACGUGGAUGGAUAUCACUUCAGCUGGACCACGGAUCGGUUCUGGAGGAAAACACGGUCCAAAAACCACAAGUUCCACUGCAGAGGAGUGGAUGCUAACAGAAACUGGAAAGUCAAAUGGUGUGAGGAAGGUGCCUCUUCUCAUCCCUGUGAUGACACGUACUGUGGUCCCUUCCCUGAGUCUGAACCUGAAGUCAAGGCCGUCGCCAAGUUCUUGCGCAAGCACAAAAAGCGCGUCAAAGCCUAUAUAUCCAUCCACGCCUACGCUCAAAUGCUGCUUUAUCCCUAUUCCUACAAGUAUGCCACUAUCCCCAACUUCAACUGCGUGGAGUUGGCAGCUCAUAACGCAGUGACAGCCCUGUACUCUGCCUAUGGAGUGAGGUACAGAUAUGGACCUGCCUCCACAACCUUGUAUGUCAGCUCAGGCAGCUCUAUAGACUGGGCCUACAGAAACGGGAUCCCAUACGCGUUUGCAUUUGAGUUGAGGGACACAGGAUACUUCGGCUUUCUUCUGCCUGAGUCCCUGAUCAACCCGACCUGCACUGAGACUAUGCGGGCAGUGAAGGCCAUUGCAUCAGGUCUGCUUAAGAAGUGUGAAACAGAUCGGGACAGAUUUCCAUAUAUAUGAGCGCACUGUGGGUCCCCGGAGCUCCACCAUCACAGUUACUUAUCUCAACACCUCAUAUUCCUCUGAGAUUUCAUAUUCCUCCAAGAUAUUAUCAGGUGAGGAGCUGAGGAGAAGCAGCAAAGUAUGAAUUUUAAUUUGCCUUUCUCGUGUUUGGGGUUGUAAGCCGUAUUUUCCUUUACUGAUGAAAUAUGAUCUGAUGGUGGCAGGUGUCAAUAACCAUGAAUCUAAUUAGUGACCAGCCUGUUUACAUAGAUCAUUACGUGUCCAAAGUCAGUGUCCUGAGCUCGAAUCCUUUCUAGCAUGUAAUCCUCUACACCUUCCCCAAAUUCUUAAUUGCUCUCGACUUACAAAAAUUAUUAAUAAUGCACACUUUUCCACGACAUAAGCUGAAUGGUGGUCACGUGAGCACUUGUCACAAUACAACAGCACUUUCCUCUAAAGAGACAGCUCAGAUUUUAAUGUCUUCCAAAAUCACGAGAACUGUUUUUAUUCGGGUUGCUUUUUAUUUUUUAAAUAGUCCUACCAAGUGCCAGUAUCUUAAUAUUAAAUGCCUUUAUUACUGCAACAUUGUUGGUGUAUAUGAUAUGCUAUCAUCUGACAAUCUUGGGUUUGGUUUAAAUUGAGAUUUUUUUUUUUGUUUGAUUUCUUUUUCAUUUGGUUCAGAUUGAGAUUUGGAUUAAAUGACCUGUCACUGCAGCAGCUCACUGUGUCAUCACUCAGGUACGGAUCAAUGACAGAGUCAGAAAUGUUUACUUUUGACAGCUUAUGUGCUUAAUAAGAGAUUCUAAUAAAUGUACAAUAUCUGACUUGAAUAGAUAUUGUUAUAUAACAAUAAAUGUUCAUGUUUUUACAUUCAUCUCAUCCUUACAUCUCUACUAUUUAUUUGAAAGCAGUAAAAUGUCACAGCUGUCGCCCAUAUUUGUGUUUUGUACAUCUUUUGUACACAUGUUGAUAAUAAACAUUAUUUUACUGGUGUAUUUUUUUAUUAUGAUAAACUCACUGAGCUGUCACAGGUCAGUGAGUUUAUAGCUUCAGGCACAACACUUUAAAUCAAAUUCUCUCUUCCAAACGUCCUCCUCUUUCUCUUUCCCACUCUUCAUAUCCAGUCUCUGAUUCUGCAGCUCUGCUCUUAUUUAUGGAUUCAGAAAUGGUGGAACUGACAUUCAAGACAUCCCAAAGUGAAAGUGAACUCUGCCGCCCACAACUGCCAAAUCUGUGUUGUCAAAUUGCCAGAUUUUCUGGAUGUACUUGCUGUCGGACUUUGCUAAAUGUUGCACUAGGCUGUAACAGGCUUUAGCAAUACUAAACAUGCAGGUACACACAGUUAUAGAUAAGGUGAAGCAAAGUGAUGGCAGGAUUAAAUAAAAAGGUGUUGUGAAAUUUACAACAUAAUGACCACAGACAGCAACAAAAUCUGUGCUAUUUUUAUUUUAAGAUUAUGUUUAAUGUCUAUGUUUAAGGUUUUUCUUUUCAUCCUUGAGCAAGGGUGUAGAUUUUGUUUAGGUAUUGAUGAGGGGGCACAUGAAACAGGAGGGUUUGGGGAUCCUUUGGUACAAAAUUUUUAGCAUCUAACAUAAUUUCCUGCACUCUGGUGAUUUUUUAAUGUACCAAUUUGUGCCUUUUCUGCAUGUAAACAUAUUUACUUCUGUCAAAACAAAAGUCCUUGGCUUCUGUGUUUUUACUGGGGGGACAAAUGCACAAGAUCUAAAUAUUGAGGGGGAAGUGUUGCCCCCCGAAAUUUAUGCCUAUGUCCAUGGGAAGGGGUGACAUUAAAAAAAAAAAUCUAACUCUUUAAAAUAGAUUUUUUUUUAAAUAAAUAUGGGUGAUCGGGAGAUGUUGGAGUGUAAAAUCUUUGUUUUCAAUUAUGAUGAUCAGAGAAUCAAAAAAAGACUUAUUUUUCUUGUAAAUGUCAAACUUUUCAUUAUAUUUAAUAUAUUAUUAUUAAUUUCUAUAAUCAUUGGUGUAAGGUAGUAACGAUGGGCCCCAGUUCAUGUUGUGCACAUAUCGUCUUGUUACAUGUUCAGAGACUUGACAAUGAAUAACAUCAACAUAUAUAUUACUCGUCAAUCAUUGUUGCAUAUCUAUAUAGAACAAAAAAUACCAACAAAAAUAAGAAAUUAUUGAUUUAAUUUAACAAUUUUAAUAUUUGCUAAUACUUACUUAUUGUUAUAGAAUAUUUGAUUAUUAGAAUAGAUGAUUUACAGUUAUAGAAUAAGCAUAUAUUUUGGUAUAGAUGCUAUUGACUUCUUUACAAAAAAAAUAAUAAGCAUGAUGGAGAUGGGUUUGUCUUUUUCAAAGACAUAUAUAACAAAUGGCACUAUAUGACAGUUCUUCUGUCACCACAGGCAUACUUUCAAGGUGGCAAUCACUCAUAAGGGCCCAUUCUCCACUCAACACAUUGUUAGAAGGCCCACUCUCUCUGUGGGUCCCCUACAUCAUGGGCCCCAAUGCAACAACACUGCCUGCACUGUCUAGAUUUACACCCCUGCCUGUAAUAUGUCUGUUAAAAUACCAAACAUUUUCUUGUUUCCCUGUUUACCAGAUUUUUACACAAAUUGUUAAAAGAAAAUACAGGCUUGGGCUUGGUUUGGGGGUACCCCUCUGGACAUUUUGAGCAUCAAACACUUAACUUUUUGCCUUGUGAAUUUUUCUGCACCAGUUUGUACCUUUUCUGCAUCAAUUUAUCUUGUAACUGUCUUUAAUUUUGUCAAAAUAAAAGUCCUCUAGUACUUUACUGUUGUUACUGGAGGUGGCAUAUUCACAUGUUCUAAAUCUGGGGUGGCAAAUGUACAACCCCUGGGCCAGAAUCAGCCCACCAAAGGGUCCAAUCCAGCCCACUAGAUGACUAGACUAAGUCAAGUUAAACAAUGCUGACUUGUAAAAUUCUGCUUCAGAAGCUUUUCCACCGCAACCAGAAUACAGUUCUCUGAUAUAAUAAUGAAUACUAAAUAUUUCCAUGUUUAAAGACAUUGAACAUUGU